AACUUGAGAAACUUUAUUGGCCUAUUUCGCUGUUUGUUAUUUUACCGUUCAAUUAUUAUUAUUAUGUUUAUCAUUUUCUUCAUCAUUGCCAACUCUCCAGUACAAACUCUUGGAGAAUAUAUGAGAGUUCACCGCGAAGUAGUAGCGAUAUUCCCCAAAUCGGCCAUCAAGACCCGUUUCUCUGUCCCUGAGUGGCUGUUGAAAUCUCCCUCACCUGCCCGCGUCUCACCAGCAAUCAGCCUCAUUGCGACGAGCCCCCAACUCUACUUACACGAGGGUAUCCAUCUGUUUUAGCUGCGCUGAGGCUCAUCUCCGCCAAUAAAAACAUCAUGUCUUCUGUCCAACCCGAUAUCUCAAAGAUAUUUGUCAACUAUCUGCGGAACUCUCGGCAGUUGAGUUGUCCCAUCUGCCAGGUAGAUGUGAAGCCACCCACGUUUGAUGGAUUCAAACAGCAUGUCCAAAAUAGUGCCGAGAAGCACCCCACGGAAGAAAAGGCCAUUCUGGAAGCUUUCCAGAAGAUGAAGCUCAGCUCAUCCAAGCCUCAACCCCAGCCUGCAUCUGCCAUUGAUAAUGAUCCUCAAAAUAGAAGAUCAAGAAAAAGAUCCGGAGGUGCAGCCGCCCUGGAUCGACCAGACGACCAGCAGACUCCGGAUCAUAGUCACUUAAAUGUCAAUGAAAACUCCGAUAAUGAAGGUCCCAAUAAGAAGGUUUGCUCUCCCCGUAACUCGCCCCCGCCUACUACAUCUACGCCAAAUAGGCGGGGUCGUGGGAGGCAACAAGCCGACAACAAAGAGUUUGAUCGCGGGACCAAAGGCUCAAGCACACGUCAACUCUGGAAUCCAAGCAGCGCUGGCCUACCUAGACCUUCUCAGCUCAAGGCACAACCACUAGGCCAUCGAUCAAGACCGUUGCCUCGAGCCAAGAUAACUCAGCAUGAGGCGGAGGAGCCUGAUCCAGAGCCUGGCCCAGCAGUUGAGACUGAGGCUGACAAUUCCUAUACUGAGGAUCCCUCUGUAUCCCAGCUAAUUCGUCAACCGGAAACCAGGCCAAUAUCUCAAGAACAGCUUGUUGCUGAAGUUAAAGGCAUUUAUGCUGGCCUUGUCAUGGUAGAAAGCAAGUGUAUUGAGGUUGACAAUGCUCAAUCAGCAAACAAAGAUUCACCCCAGCAGCUUAACAACGAGCAGUGGCAGGCACUAAUUGCUCUUCAUCGUACGCUUCUUCACGAGCAUCAUGACUUUUUCCUGGCCAGUCAGCAUCCGUCUGCCAGCCCAGCACUUCGACGGCUUGCCUCUAAGUAUGCCAUGCCGGCAAGAAUGUGGCGACAUGGAAUCCAUUCGUUCCUGGAACUCUUAAGACACAGAUUGCCGCUAUCACUAGAGCACAUGCUCACUUUCAUUUAUAUUGCGUACAGCAUGAUGGCUCUUCUUUACGAGACUGUCCCUGCAUUCGAAGAUACUUGGAUUGAGUGUCUCGGAGAUCUAGGCAGAUAUCGCAUGGCCAUUGAAGACGAUGAUAUUAGAGACCGAGAAACAUGGACAGCCGUGUCUCGGUACUGGUAUUCAAAGGCAUCGGAUAAGCUACCGACCACUGGUCGACUCUAUCACCACCUAGCUAUACUCGCGCGUCCCAACGCGCUUCAGCAGACAUAUUACUAUACAAAGUCGCUGUGUGUCCCUAUCCCGUUCCUUAGUGCCAGGGAGAGCGUCAUGACUCUGUUUGACCCAGUCUUGAGCUCGUGCCCGCCUCGGCUAGAAUUAAUCGAUCUUGCUUUUGUGCGAAUCCUAGCAAUUUUUUUCUCUGGGAAAGAAAAGAAUCAGCUAGGAAACGCCGCUAAACAAUUCUUGAGUCUCUUGGAUGGACACAUCGCUAGAAUAACAAAAAGCUGGCUAGAAGCAGGAUACUAUAUGGGCAUAUCAAUAACCUGCUCUCUCCUUGGCUUCGGUAACGAUUCAAAUGUCCUAAAACACGCUAUUGUCCCCAAACAGUCUGAUGACAUGGACACUGCUGGAGAAUCUAUUACUCCGGAGGCCAUUCCCACAGACACUUUUCACCAAUCGCUUUCUUUGGCUGUGCAAACACUCGAGAUAGUAAUUCAGCGGUGGGGGGAUAUGAAUAUACUACCCUUCCUCCACACGCAAAUGGUGUUCAUCCACCAUUUGUCUAAAUUUCCUGCUGCGAUGAAAUUCAUUCAACAUAAAUAUCCCUGGAAGCUAAUUGCAACGAUGCUGAACUACUUGAAGCAGUCUUGCAAGUUUGAGCCUCGGAUGGAUAGCACAGUAUUCCCUGGAGCUGAGAACCAGGACCAUUACCGACCACUCCCAGAAGACUACGCCAUGCGCGGACUAAUUUACACUGAAGAGUACUUCCCACUGAAGUGGUUUUCCGGCGAAGCCGUUGAAGAAGAUGAAAAAUACUUUGAGCAAGCGUCCAUGGUGGACGCCCGAAAGGAAAGAAUACUAUGGAUUGGGAGGCAGAUUGCUUCCCUCGGCCAAUGGCUACUAUGGGAUUCAGAGAGCGCCAAAUUCACUGUAGCAGACGAGUAUGACAUUGACUUUACAGCGAAAACACCUGAAGCCGGUGCCAGGGAGAUUGUAAGUCUCGGAGCCGGCUCACAAGGCGCAGACGCUUCUCAGCCAUCAAAUUGAAACCUCCCCAUAAAGCAUUAAUAGACUGCAUAAAUGGGCGCUGGUGGCUUUUUGAUUUUGAAUAGAGGGCGCCUGGCGCACAGGAUUAGAGAAAAAAAUUGGGAUAGUAGGUAUUCUUUCUUCUUACGAUUGUUUCUUAAUAAUUUUUCAUGUACGUUGUAUGGUUCCUCCUUACAUAGUCAAUUAUAAGUACAUAUCG